CAGCAUCUUCUACAUCUCGCCUACAGCUCGACUCGGCCUAGAAUCGACACCGAGAGACGCAAAACGAAACGCACCUGGGACAGCGUGAUCCAGAGGAACCUAUAACAGCGAAAGACCAAUCCAAAAGGCUAAGCAGCAACAAUGACGACGGCGCAAAAGAUCAAGGAUAUCGAGGAUGAGAUGGCCAAGACGCAGAAGAACAAGGCGACAGAGUACCAUCUUGGACAGCUCAAGGCCAAGCUCGCCAAGCUCCGCCGUGAACUCAUCAACCCGCCUGGAGGUGGAGGUGGUGGUCCGGGUAUCGGUUUCGACGUGGCCAGGACAGGUGUAGCCAGUGUAGGAUUCGUGGGAUUCCCCUCGGUGGGAAAAUCCACCCUCAUGUCCAAGCUCACGGGCACCCACUCCGAGGCCGCCUCGUACGAGUUCACGACCCUCACGACCGUCCCCGGCACAAUGAUGUACAACGGCGCGCGUCUCCAGAUCCUCGACUUGCCCGGUAUCAUCCAGGGCGCCAAGGACGGCAAGGGUCGUGGUAAGCAGGUCAUUGCCGUCGCGCGUACCUGCAACCUCAUCUACAUUGUGCUCGACGUGCUCAAGCCGCUGAACGACUUGGCCAUCCUGCAAAACGAACUCGAGGGCUUUGGUAUUCGCCUCAACAAGAAGCCGCCCAACAUUAUCGUCAAGAAGAAGGAGACGGGUGGUAUCGCCAUCACCAACACGGUGCCCCUCACCAAGAUUGACGCCCAGGAGAUCAAGGCCGUGCUCUCCGAGUACCGCAUGACCUCGUGCUCGGUCACCAUCCACGAGCCCGACUGCACGAUCGAGGACUUUAUCGACGUGGUUGAGGGCAACCGCAUGUACGUGCCGUGCAUCUACGUUCUCAACAAGAUCGACGCCAUCUCUAUCGAGGAGCUGGAUCUGUUGUACAAGAUCCCCAACUCGGUCCCCAUCUCGUCGGCCACCUGGCUCAACAUUGACGAGCUCCUCGAGGAGACGUGGAACCGUCUCGAGCUGGUGCGCGUGUACACCAAGCCCAAGGGUCGUGCGCCCGACUUCACCAUGCCCGUCGUGCUGCGCCGCGGACGGUCGAACGUCGGCAACUUCUGUGACGCUAUCCACAAGGAGAUCAAGAAGCAGUUCAAGUACGCCAUGGUGUACGGCAAGUCAGCCAAGCACGCGGCUGGCCAAAAGGUGGGACUGGACCACAUCCUCGAGGACGAGGACAUCAUCACGCUGUUCAAGCGCUAGUGUGGGUGCGGUAGGUCGGCAGCAGCAUUAUUGUACCAUCGCGCACUGGCAUUGGCAUGUAGAUUAGAUUGGCGUGGAGGUGAAGCGGAGAGGGCGGCGUCAGCCGCCCGGUGCGACGACGAGGAGCAGUGUAGGGGAGACAUGUGUGCAGAACGGUAGCUCGCAGCUAUGGCAUGGCAACUGAACUGCU